CCGGCCGCUGCCCUGAGGCCACUUCCUGGGGGCGGAGAGGACCGUGGUGGCGGCGGCGGCGGCGGCGGCGACACCCAGGCCCCGAGACUCCCGGCAGCUUCCAUCCGAGUCCUCCGGGGCUCCCGGUUCGCGUCGAGCGUGCAUCCCCCGCGCCCCGGCGGGUAGGGGCCCCUGCCGCCCCCUCGCGUCCGCCCCGCCUCCGUCGCCCGAGACCCGCGCCUGGGCCAGGCCCGGCCUGCGACUGGCCCCCGGGGCCCUGCGUGGACUCGCCCGCGGCGACAGCGAUCUGCCGAGAACUCGGAAGCUGGGUCCUUCGGAGCGCCGGCCUGUGCUCGCCACCGUCACCUGCUGGUGGGACUCCGGAAACCCUCUGUGUGAAGACCACAGAGAGGAGCCGCUGACCCUCCGUCCGGAAUCGGAAUCGAGAACGCCUGGACCGAAAUCUCCCCGCCUCUCUGGCUUCUGCGCUUUUCAGCUGUUCUCUCGAGCUUUUGGCCGCGUCUGUCCCUGGAAACCACCCCCCGCUACCGACGUAGCCUAGGCGAGCCCCGCAUCUCACCGCCGUGCGCUCCCACCUGUGAAUCCGGAGACAGUCUCAACUUUAUGACCCAAUUCUGCCCACACCCAGGCAGUUCUGCCUUUUCUUCUCUUGCGGUAUCUCCCGUAGUCCCCAAAAUUUCGCCGCCUCCUGUGCCCUCUUCGCCCCCCUCUUUUGGGGGCCCCGUGACCCUGAAUGUUGGGGGCACACUAUACUCCACCACUUUGGAGACCCUGACUCGCUUCCCGGACUCCAUGCUGGGGGCCAUGUUCAGGGCCGGCACCCCCAUACCCCCCAACCUCAGCCCCCAGGGAGGUGGCCACUACUUCAUCGACAGAGAUGGCAAGGCCUUCCGGCACAUCCUCAAUUUCCUGAGGCUGGGCCGCCUCGACCUGCCCCGUGGGUAUGGGGAGACAGCACUUCUCAGGGCAGAGGCCGACUUCUACCAGAUCCAGCCCCUCCUGGAUGCCCUGCGGGACCUGGAGGCCUCUCGGGGGACCCCCGUACCCACUGCUGCCCUGCUCCACGCAGACGUGGAUGCCAGCCCCCGCCUGGUGCACUUCUCUGCUCGCCGGGGCCCACACCACUAUGAGCUGAGCUCUGUGCAGGUGGAUACCUUCCGAGCCAACAUCUUCUGCACCGACCCCGAGUGCCUGGGUGCCAUGCGGGCCCGCUUUGGUGUGGCCAGUGAGGAUAGGGCUGAGGGCGGCCCACACUUCCGUCUGGAGUGGGCCCCCUGUCCCGCAGAACUCCCCGAGGUGGAGUAUAGGAGACUGGGGCUGCAGCCGCUGUGGACUGGGGGGCCGGGAGAGUUGCGGGAGGUUGUGGGCACACCAGGCUUCCUAGAGGAGGUGCUGCGGGUCGCUCUGGAGCACGGCUUCCGUCUAGACUCCGUCUUCCCUGACCCCGAAGACCUGCUCAACUCGCGAUCUCUGCGCUUCGUGCGGCACUGAGUGCGUGGCACUCCCAUCUGAGUGGGGUGCAAAGAAAGAACGGACAGCAAAAGGGAUGAAGGGCCCCCUGAAGCCUCUUCUUAGCUCUGCCUCUGGAGCUGUGAGAGUCAGGGCUCCCACUGCACCUGACUGGAGCCCAGGUGUGGGCAGGAAUUCCCAAAUCUCAGCCCGCUGAGGGCUCACAAGCCAUGCAGAGGGUCUGGACUGGUGCUAAUCCUGGGAGGGGGGGAAAGGUUCCCAGGCUUGUUCUUGCCUGAGGCUGGCGGCCUCCAGUGUCUCCUUGUUUGAGCUCAGUAUUCAAGGUUCUAGAAGAGUAGCGACCCCUCCAUGCUCAGGCUAGGCCUAGCAGGACCCUGGAGGGACACCGAAGUGUGGGUGAAGGACUCUGGAUUGCUGUGACGUGGUCUCCUGGACCGUGGCUUCUCCUGCAGCUGGAUGGCCUAGCCUGACCAAAGAGUGGCCGGAACAUUCUUGACUAUGGGAAAGGGCAUCCUUUGCUGGGUCUCACAGUCUCACGUUACUUAGGGAGACGGAAAGGCUACACUCUACCCUAGGUUGGCAUGAGGGAGUUAGGAGAAUCCCCAUUUACUAUAGGGCUGGAGCCCCGUAGUCCAUAGUAAAGGACCCCAUAUUGAUGGUGGAGGAGGCAUCUUCGCAGGUUUUGGCCUUACUUUGCUCACGUACGUGUGUGUGUCAGCCUGUGUGUCUGACUGACGUGUGGGUCUCCGCCUUCCUGACUCCUGUCUAUUGCUGGAGGCAGCAUCUGUGUGCUGGGCUUUCUGUGGUCUCUGCGUGUCCAGGCCUGUUUGUGGUUGCCUGGUGUUUGGUACUGGGUAUGUCUGUGGUAUGGGUGUGAGUAGAUGGAGAAUUAGUGUAAUCAAGUAGGGGGGUGUGUGCACGCAUGUGUGUUCACAUCACCACGUAGGCAGGAGGAGCCUGUUGAUGUUUGAGUCACUAGGAUCUUCCUGGUGAAAGGUAAGAGGAGUCAGUGGGCCCAGCUGGGCCUUGGAGGCCACUAUAGAACUCUUGGUUGCCAAGGCAACCAUGGGCAUGGUUGCUAGGAGAUAGCUGGGCAGGCCCCAGGCUGCCUGGGGCAGAGGGGAGACCAACAGAAGAGGUGGAGAGAGCAGGGGAGGAUAUGGGAAGGGAUGGGAUUUCUGGGUCCCUGAGGGGUGGGGUACUCGGGAGUCACUCAUUAUUUCUCGCUGGUCACGAUUUACAAGAAGAAAAAUAAAAUGGGGGUGAUCCCUGGGUGGCUCAAAGGUUUGGCAUCUGCCUUUGGCCCAGGGCACGAGCUUGGAGUCCCGGGAUCGAGUCCCGCUUCGGGCUCCAGGCAUGGAACCUGCUCUCCCUCCUCCUGUGUCUCUGCCUCUUUCUCUCUCUGUGUGUCUAUCAUAAAUAAAAAUAAAUAAAUAAAUCUUUAAAAAAAUAAAAUAAAAUGGCUUUUUGGAAC